AUGAUGAAAGAAGAGUAUUGUCCAAGGAGCGAGAUCCAAAAACUGGAAGCAGAAUUAUGGAAUCAUGAAAUGAGAGGAAAUGAUAUAGACUCUUAUACUGCACGUUUUCAUGAGUUGGCAAAAAUGGUACUGCAUCUAGUGACAGCCGAAGAUAAUCGAGUUGAUAGAUAUAUUUGGGGAUUAUCUUCGGUGAUACGCGGGGAUGUUACUUUGGCAAACCCAAAUACCCUACAAGAGGUAGUAAGUUCGGCAACCAAACUCACCAACAAUGCUACUCGUUCGGGAAUGUUUGUAAAAGAUAAGGCUUCAGGGAAGAGAAAGAUGGAGGAACCUACACGAAGGCAGUCUGGGGGAAGAAUGGGAAAGGCUCUGAAAAUAUCAGGAAACUACGGGAUUCAGACUCAAUCAGCAGAGAAGGAUAAAAGAACUUAUCAAAGGUGUGAGAAGUGCAAUAAACAACAUGUCGGACGAUGUAUUACCUGUCAAAAAUGCAACAAAGGAAGUCACUAUGCCAAAGAUUGCAGGAGCAUAGGAACGCGGGCAUGUUUCGAGUGUGGAAGCCCAGAUCACUUUCGGAAUGCAUGUCCACGAUGGAACCAGAGACCGAACACUAACCAAGCACGACCAGCCAACCAAGGAAAUCAAGGAGGUCCGGCAAGAGGCCGAGUAUUUGAGAUUGGAGCUGAGGAAGCAAGGCAGAAUCCAGAUGUAGUUACAGAUUUAAUCUCGAUCCAACUAGGAAGUUUUGACAUAAUUGUGGGCAUGGAUUGGUUAAUCAAGAACCGAGCUAAAAUUAGUUGUUUCGAGAAGAUCAUUCGAAUUCGGUUACCCGAAGGGGGAAUACUCGAAGUACACGGAGAGAAAACCAGAAGGGGUAUUAAAAUAGUGACGUGUUUGAAGAUGCGAAAGUAUUUGAGAAAGGACUGCAUUGCCUUUCUAGCUCACGUUAUGGAUAAGAAAGCUGAAGAAAAACGCGUUCAAGAUAUUCUUAUAAUUCGGGACUUUCCCGAAGUAUUCCCAGAUGAAUUGCCUGGAAUACCCCCACCAAGACAAGUUGAGAUCUAUAUAAAACUAAUUCCUGGGGCUGCACCCGUGGCAAAAGCACCAUAUCGAGAACUCAACAAGUUGACUGUUAAGAACCGAUACCCCCUUCCCCGGAUUGAUGACCUAUUUGACCAACUUCAAGGAGCUGCAUACUUCUCGAAGAUCGAUCUUAGGUCUGGAUAUCAUCAAAUGAGAGUGCGAGAAGAGGAUAUUCCCAAGACGGCGUUUAGGACUCGAUACGGUCAUUACGAGUUCCUAGUCAUGCCUUUUGGUCUAACAAACGCACCAGCAGUCUUCAUGGAUUUGAUGAAUAGAUUGUACGCCAAAUUCUCUAAAUGCGAAUUUUGGAUUCGUGAAGUGCACUUUCUUGGCCACGUGGUGAAUGAAAAAGGAAUCCAAGUUGAUCCAGCUAAGAUUGAGGCCAUUAAGAAAUGGGAAGCCCCGAAGACACCAACCGAGAUCCGCCAAUUUCUUGGAUUGGCAGGUUAUUACCGAUCGCUGCUUAGCUGGGUAGAGAUCGGAGAUAGACAGUUGACAACGUCCGAUAUUAUUCAGGAAACCACCGACAAAAUUUCAAUCAUCAAGGAGAGACUCAAGACAGCAAGAGACCGUCAGAAAAGUUAUGCGGAUAAUCGGAGAAAGCCGUUAGAAUUCCAAGUGGGGGAUAAAGUACUUUUAAAGGUAUUGCCAUGUAAGGGACUAGUACGUUUCAGGAAGAGAGGCAAGCUGGGUCCCAGAUACAUUGGUCCAUUCAAAAUACUCGAAAGAAUCGGACCAGUGGCGUACAAGUUGAAGUUACCACAAAAUCUAAGCGCCAUCCACUACACGUUCCAUGUGUCGAAUAUGAAGAAAUGCCUAACGGAUGAAACAAUAGUGUUACCCCUGGACGAUGUUCAGAUUAACGAUCGGUUACACUUCGUCGAAGAACCAAUCAAGAUACUGAACCGAGAAGUUAAACGGUUGAGGCGCAAGGUCCGCUGGAAUGCGAAACAUGGCCCAGAGUACACUUGGGAACGAGAAGAUUUUAUGAAAGGCAAAUAUCCGUAUUUGUUUGCAGAGAAAUCCAUUGGGUUUAUAAUUUGA